GGCCAUCUUGACAGCUGCUUCACACUCGCUUGGACCGCGGCAUUCUUUUUUUUUACACGGCGGAAAUGAACAUCAAGUUCGUAGCUGAAAGUUUUCUUUUCCUCUUUUUUGUCGUGGAAGGCCAGUCGCAUGCAGACACAAUGAGAGAGAAAGCGAGGGGCUUUUCCACGCGAACCUUUCCCUUUGAAGUCCACUUUGUUCUGCUCCUGCUCGGCGCUUAGAUGCUACUUUAGAUGCCUCUCUGCACAUUUCCGUUAUGCGAAGUCCAACUUGGUGGUUAGUCGUCGUGCUGCGGUGGGUGCCCGUCCGAGAUAACGGAGAACUGAUUCUCUGCCAGUCUGGUUACUGCAAUGAAUGGUAACACUAUCCAUCCAGCCAACACCACUUCAGCAGGAGGAGGUCCGAGCGUAGCGGCGCCACCCAGAGGCUGGCGGGAGUUCUGCGAGCUGCAUGCCAUCGCCACCGCACGGCAGCUGGCUGGACAUUACCGGAGCUUCGCCAGUGAGCGCCCGCAGCAUGAACUGGUCCCCCCGGAAACCUUCUCCAAGCACUUCACCGACCUCUUCCAGCAGCAAUUCUGCCUGGAAGUCGACAAAGAUGGCGCCUCCGGAAGCGCCUCCGCCACAACUCCCUCACCGCACGCCCUGAUCAACCAGCUGCGGCACUCGACCUUGUCGCAGGACUACCGGGAGGCGAAGCGGUCAAGCGGAGGAGCCGCGUCAAUAUCCGCGGUACCGAAAGUGGAGCCGGUAGUGGUGAGUCUGGAGCCGGAGCUGCCGCUGAGAUGCGCUGCCAGAAACUCCUCUUCCGGGUCGCGAAGUGUCAGCGGCGGGUCGCUGCUGAUUCAGAGCCACAGCAAUGACGAGAUCUCGACUGCUGAUCGUCACCAGUCGUCCGAGCGCCACUCCUCGGACUCUUUGGUGUCGGGUUCUGGAGGACACGGCGACGUCACGCAUUUCCCUGUCAGCCAGAUCCAAAAGACAGUGCAGUGGAUUUUCCAGAAACGGCAAUCCCGCAGCUCCCACUCCUCCCAGGACCUGUCUCCCAGCAACCCCAACCCCGCCACCGCCAACAACAGCUCCUCAAACAACGGCGACAGAGUGGACGAAGGCUCGUCCUCAUCCUCUUCCUCCCAAUCGUUCUCUUUUCAAAACUCAGAGGCCACGGCUCUGGCCUCGUUGCACCGGCCCAGAGUCGUCUCGCAUCUCCUGGAGGGUUUCCGUUGGUUACGCAGCAGAAGUAUGCGGCUCCGGAGGCUGGACGUGAGCGGCUGCUGCAAGGAGGGCCAGCUCAAGUACCUGCUGGUGGAUGACACUAUCUCGGAUUCUCAGCCCCACUGGCAACGCUGCCGCCUGCUGGUCAGGAGGAUCAGAGACGCUCAAAGUGGAGGAGGCAGAGUAGGGAGUGAGAGGUACCAGCUGGAGCUGUACGAUCCCCCAAAGGCCUCCAGUCCCAAACUGACAACUUACUGCUCAGAUAUCCAAGAAGUCCGUCGCUGCACCCGACUGGAGAUGCCCGACAACUUAAACACAUUCGUUUUAAAGGUUAAUCGAGGGAGUUUGAUAUUUGAGACGGACAACGACCAGCAGGUCAGCUCCUGGACCACAGAGCUAAAGGAAUGCAUCAGCAACAGGUCAGGCAGUGUGGAUCUGGAGUCCCCCCUGUCCUCAGCUGACAGCUCUGCUCCAGCCAAUCAGAGGAGGAGCUCAGACUCAGGACGUCAGAGCCCCGUCACCUUCGCCCUCCCUGAGCAGGUCAUCCAGAAGGCCGAUGACUUCCUGGUUUCUUUCCCCUGGUUUCACGGCCCCAUCUCUCGGGUCAAGGCAGCCCACCUGGUGCAGAGCUCCGGACCCGACGGCCACGGCGUGUUUCUGGUCCGGCAGAGCGAGACGCGGAGGGGAGACUUCGUCCUCACGUUUAACUACCAGGGAAAAGCAAAGCAUCUGCGCCUCUCUCUGAACGAAUGGGGUCAAUGCAGGGUGCAGCACCUGCGCUUCCCCUCCGUCAUGGACAUGCUCAGCCACUUCCGCCUCUACCCCAUCCCGCUGGAGUGCGGAGCAGCCGGAGCCGUCACGCUGUCCAGCUUCGUCCUGGCCGGCUCCACCCCCCCCUCACAGGGCCAGCUCUCCGGCGCGCUCCUCGUCCCCUUCUCCCUCCAUCGGUGGAGCUCCGAGCCCAGCUUGGCUCGCUGCAGCCUGGCCCGCAGCUCCAGCCAGCCCCCCGCCUUCUCCCCGUCCCCCACCAGCACCACCUCCACCUCCAGCCCCGGCUCCUUCUCCCAGUUCGGCCGCGCCAUCCCGACCACGGAGCCCGCACCGUCGGCGCCCGCCCACCUGCGCCGGAGCGAGUCGGUGGGGAGGCGGCCCCUGCUGCGCAACCCCAACUCUCACACUCCCAUCAUCCCUCAGCGGGAUUCGGACUACGAACUGGAGUCUGACCGCGGUCGCAAGCGGGCGAUAGACAACCAGUACAUGUUGCUCUGACCCUCCGCUCGGCCGGCCAUGAAGACGCAGUCGCGAGGAUCGCUCGGAUGAAGUGCGUCGCCUUCAUCGGGAUGAAAACGAGGCCAACGAAAAUGAGGGAACGAAUCCGAACAAGACGGACAAAUGCAAAAUACGCAAAGAAACCCCAACAAAAACAAGUUUGCCUCACCCUCAGAACCUCCAGUGUCCACAGUGAAUGUAUUUCUGGACUUUAAUAAGAGUAUUGACGAUGAUGAUUAAUCUUGUUUUUGAUCGACGAAAGAGAGAAAGUUUAUUAACACCUGUUGUGAUUUUCUUAUUAGUGCACUUGAUGUUAUUUCUGAAAUGAUGGGAAAUCACUGUGCGCUCCUUUUGGGAAAACGUAGGGCAUGAACUUUCCGCACAAAGUUCCCAAAGCGGAGGAAAACCUCCACUUCUCGACAAAAAUGAAACUGCGCUCCUUUUCCUCGUGGGAUCAAAUUCUGCUCUUCCUCUUUGUGCAUUAUUAAGCAUCUAAGUGCGCAUCACUUUCAGUGCACUUUGUACACGUUGUGUAUUUUUUCAAUAUACGCAAUCUUUUGUAAAAAAAAAAAAAAACUAAAAAGGAGAAAAGAGGCAGUUCUAGAAACUAAAUCGCUGUUAAAAAACAGAAACGGGAUUUAGGAUUUUCAUGUCAGCUGAAGCUGAGUUUGUGAUCCGAGUCUGGAUGUGAGAUGAGCAAAACGAACCGUAAAGAAAUUAUGUCAACAAAAUGAUGAAUUAAAGAAAAUGCCACAAAAUCAAACAAACUGGAAUGACAGUGAAAGUUUUACCGACCUACAGCCAAAAACCUGAGGUUUAGAAAAUGUUCAAAUCUGGAUUUUAACAUUGGCCAGAAUGUUGGCCCGACAUUCUGCUGCAGAAACCUGAGAAAUUAUCAUUUCUGACAGAAAGCUGUUUAUUCUUCUAGAAAUCACUGAAUCAGUUUAAUCUGAUCUGUCCAAUAAAUAUCUCUUAUGCAUUAGCACUAGAACUACCAAAGAUUCCCAAAAUGGGAAUCUUCGUCCAGGUACCAGAGAGGGGCCAGUUUGGCCCUGUCCCUAGAGCUACCAGAGAGGGGCCAGUUUGGCCCUCCAAGAGAGGGUGUGAAGAGGCGCCUUUGUUAUGUAAAUAAGGCCAUUACUAUCCUGUUCCAAGGACAAUCAGCGUGAAAGUUGAUGUAGUGAGUUUCUCUCUCCUCCCCCCUGCUCAUCUACAGGGAUGCUAAUUAGACCAUUCAGAGUCGUCAGUUUGGCCACAUUUGGAUGCUAAUAACCCAGUUUGGCCCUCUCUCGGUAGUUCUAGGAAGAUACCCAAUUUGGCCCCUCUUGGUAGAGAUAGGAAUUUCUCAAAAUCCUGGUAGUCCUAGUGUUAGUGGUGAGACAUUUCACAGUUUUCCAGAGUUAGAUAAAAGGAAAUAAGAGCGAUGUCUUUAUUUCUAGACUAGAUUCUCGUCUGAUUGAAUAUCACUAAUUUGCUGAUUCCUUCAGGCUGCUGGCAGAUUUUAGCUGACUCUGAUUGGUCAGGCUACUGGUUUGGAACGCUGGAAAACUAAAUCGUAAUUUUAAAACUACAUCUUUAGUUUUAACGUUUUAUUUUGUUGGGUUUUUUUUUAAUGGAAGAAUUUUACGACUUUACUACUUUUUCCGUAACGAAGUUGAUUUGACCUGGACUAUCUCUAUCUGGUAUAAAAAAUUAGUUUGAAGCACUGUAUAAAUUAUUACAUGUUUAUUAAAUUGAUACUAAUUUCUAUGUAAUUAUUAGAUUAGAGUCAGCAUGGAGGGCAGCAGGAUCCAGAUUCCUGCUCCGGAAACGUGAAGCAGCAUCACUUUAAGGUCGUCCUGGAGACAGACGCAGUCAGUUAUCUCGUCCCUUAAAGAUGAGAUAACUGUCUUAAAGUUACAGUUAUCUCAUCCCUUAAAGACUUCUAAUGAUCCGUGAAGAAGUUGACUCCAGUUUUUUGUUUUUGUGGCAUUCGGUGAGGGAAUACUCCGCAGCACUUCCAGACAGAAACAAUGAUUGGACUGAAUCAGGGUCUACAUGAUUUGUCCUCUUUCUAACAGAGACGUUUGGUUUUCGGUGACGCAGCUCGGCUGCUACAACCACAUUUCCCCUCCCCAGUUUCAGGCACCUUUCUCCAUUCUGGUAGCAGCGUUAUGUGUCUUAGCUUUACGUUUUUACACUUAUAGCAUUAAUUCUUUGUAUUUUCUCUCACUUCACCACAGCAGCUGAAACCAAAAGGGCUGCAAAGAAUCAUGUUUUUUUUUUUUUACACUAGAUGUAUUUUCUAAUCGAUUAUUAUAUAUUUUUAAAAGGAAAGUUUUGUAAACUUUGUUUCGAAAGGUGUUUAAAUGUGGCGUGGGAUGUUGCAGAACCACUACCAUUAAUAAUUAAAGGUGCCUUUAUAAAAGGUUUAAAACCAUAA